UGAAGAGGAUGGAAAGUUAGCCUAAAUUCAAGUACCGUCAAACAAUGUUCUUCUCUUUUGACAAAUGAGAGCAACUCUAGAGCAGGUUUUAUAUCCAGAACACAUUUUGGUGCUCUUGUUUGCAUGUUUUAAAAUCUUAAUUACAAAGGUGAUUAAAGCGUAAAGAUGUGCUGCUGGUUGUUAAAUUUGACGCUUUGCCUUCUCGGGCUCGUGACGACGAGCACCGCCUCACCGGACGACGCACCGGUGGAUUUUGGAGGCGAGUCCGGCUCCGGGAUGCUUCAGACAGAUGAGCUGAACAUUCUGCAGGAGCUUUCUCUUCAGGUGUCGAACAGCAGUAACACCUCAAUGACUGUGGAUGACAGCAGGUGUCCAGUCCUACAGGUGGGACAGUACUCCACAUUGACUGUCCCUCUUCAACAUCUCCUCACUGACGGGUUUGCAGAUGAGUUCAGUUUACUGGUGCAGCUGCGGAGUCCUCAGGGAGAUGACCGCAGUGUCUUCACCAUGCUCAGCCCCGACAGCCACAUUAUGCUGCAGCUGCGGAUCAGUGCUUACGCCAUCAUCUUCAUAGGAACGCAGCAGCGGCACUAUGAGUUCCCAGUCAGCGGCCUGUCUGAUGGAAAGUGGCACCAUGUGGCCGUCAGUGUGUCUGCCAAGCGGCUGGCGCUGUAUGUGGACUGCUCUCUGCUGGAGAGUGUGGACUGGGUGUACCACGGCAUGGGGAUCAGCACCGAUGGGCUGCUCAUGGUCGGAGGCAUCAUUGAAGGCUUUGAGACUCCAUUUGCAGGUCAUCUCCGACAGCUGACCUUCCUGAUGGGUGACCCAGACGCCGCCCAGCAACACUGCAGCCACCACCCGCGCCGCUGUGGGGAGACCGCCCGCAAGCCUCCUCGCUCCCCACGCACCAACAACGCACUAGAGAAUAUUCUGCUGUCCUCAAAUGACCUGGAGGACUUGCUGGGGGGUCCCAAGGACAAGUCCUUUUUGCGCUAUAGCAGAACUAACAUGUUUCUGCGUCGAGGCAGUUCCCGAGGGGACGGGACAGUGCCUUCAGGAACCAAUCGGAAAGGUUCAGUAGGUCGUGGGGAUGUCUUUGUGGUGGACGAGGACACUGACUUGUUGGAUCCAAUAUUCCAAAAUGGCGGACAAGUCAACCCUCAGUGGAAACCUUCCAGAAAUGGACUUAAAGGAAGCCAGAAGGGAAAGCCUGAACUGUUGGAGGAGAACAUUACCACAGACGAUAAGGCCGACUCCGGUGGGAGGACGUCAACGCUGUUCCCCGGAAAACCAUCCGGUGGCAUCAUUGACCUGGACAUCGGAGGUGCCCCCAAGAAGCCCUCAACAAGGAGCGCUCUGCCAUUGUUACCAUUGUAUCCAAAGAUGGAGACCUGGUCCUGGGUUCAGAUGGCAAAAUGUACCAGAUCCAGAAAGGACCACCGGGACGAAUGGGUCCCCCAGGGCAGGAAGGCUGUCCUGGUGAGCCUGGCCUGCUUGGGUUUAAAGGUGAUAAGGGUAAGUUGGGCCCUGAAGGGCGUCCAGGAAAGAUGGGGGAGCCAGGACCUCCAGGGCCGGCAGGUUUACCAACCUUCUACCUGUGGAAGAACACAGCAGAGGAAUGGGCUGCCUUUCAGCAAACCAAUUUCUACCAGUUACUUCGUGCUGGUUGGCCUAGUAAAGAAGGCCCCGAAGGACCACCUGGAGAGAUGGGCAAGCCCGGCAUACAGGGGCCACCUGGUGACGCUGGGGAGCGAGGAAGACCAGGGAUGCCAGGAGAGAUGGGCGAGCAUGGUCUCAGGGGCCCUUCAGGACAUGCCGGUGCCCCGGGGAGAGACGGGGAUAAUGGAGAAGACGGUGAGCCCGGGUCACCUGGUGCUCCUGGAUCACAGGGCUCGUGGGGAUACAGGGGAGAACGAGGGUCCGGAGGGGAAAAAGGUGAUGAGGGAUCAGAAGGUUUACCGGGCCCACAUGGUCCUGUCGGACCACCAGGGCCUCAGGGGAGCCGAGGUGGCUACGGGCCAGAGGGGCCCCAUGGGCCUGAUGGCGAGAGGGGACUGGAUGGUCCUCCAGGGAGCAGCAGGUAUUACAGGACGAGUUGGCGCUCAAGGAGUUAAUGGCUCAAGGGGGGACAUGGGACCUGCUGGCAGUGUUGGUCCCAAAGGCCCACAGGGGCCUCUGGGUUUAGAGGGACACACUGGACCUCCAGGACUCAGAGGACUCCAAGGAAACCCAGGACUGAUUGGGGCUGCUGGACCUAAAGGAGAUUCUGGGCCUGUGGGGCCCAUGGGUGCCCGGGGGGAUCCCAGCUUUGAAGGGCCAAUGGGUGCUGCUGGGACUCAGGGUCCUAUGGGUUUUCCCGGGGGAACGGGUAACAGGGGGCCAGAUGGGGACAAGGGGGAUCCAGGACCUAAAGGCGACAAAGUAGGAGCCAGCUGUUUACUCAAUAACACUCAAAGAAGAGAAUAA